AUGAAGUUUUUAAUAGAAAAUUUUGAAAUCUUAAUUAAACUGAAUAGGUUUUCAACUCAUAGAUUUUUCAGCUCUCUCAGCUCAACUAAUGCUGUCAAUAAACCUGAGGAUAAUAAGGUGUUAAGAUCAGUUUCGGGCAAAUUAAGCUUGGUUUCCGAAGAUUCCAAUGGAAAUCCUUUCACUGAUAUUCUACAUAACUCCUUACCAUUGCAAAAUACAACCAAUCAUAAUAUUUUACCCAAAAACUCCUCUACUCCUUCUCAAACUGAUCUUCAAAAUUGUGAUAUUGACUCUUAUAAACUAGAUAAAAACAGCAAUUCUCAACCUGUUCCAUUGGAGGAGACUAUAGAUAUAGAAACUUUUAAGGAUUAUCUAUUAAUACCGCCUAUUGGUAUAAAAAGUUACUUUAGCUUAAGGCCUGAAAAGCUUCAUUUUGGAACUCAUAUACUAUUUAAGGAAUAUGUUCCCGGGUCACUUCUGGCUCACAAUUACCCCCUAAAAACGCUCCCUCUCAGCUAUUCCAGGCGCAUUAACCCUGAUAUAUAUGUUAACACUUAUAGUGCUGAUGAGAGGAACUUUGCUCUUGUAGGCGGCCAAAGAAUAAGGUUGAGUUUAAAUCCGGGUCUCAAAGUACAAAAUUCCUACCCUUUACUUCAUAAAGUUUCCGGUAACACUACUCUGUUAUUCACCUUUUCCGGUGAUUUACCCAAUUCGCAAUAUAAAUCUAUACAAAGUUGGUUCACUCAAUUAAAUCUCAAUAAUAAAAAUGUUAAAAUUAUAACGGUAUUUUAUUAUUCACUAACUAUUAAUUAUAAUUUAUUAAUUAUAUUUUCUGUCGUUACUAGUUUACAUAUUUUAAAAACUACUAAGUUGUUGAAUUCGAGACAAAAUGUGUUAAUGUCUCGAGUCUAUAAGAGGUAUUUGGAGACUGUUGCUAGGAUAAUAGUUGAGGAGAGCACGUUCAUGUCAGUGGUUGGGAAGUUGAACAGUGAAUCUGUGAUAAGUUUGCACCAGUACAGGCCUCAGCUCCCAUCAGUAGUUUUAAUUGACUCGAAGGGAUAUAUUCGAUGGCAUUGUGUUGGGUUGCCAACAAACGAAGCCAUUGCUAUACUCCUCAACUCAAUUCAAGAUUUAACUAAAUAA